AUGGGCCUGACGACGGGAACGAAGCGCAAGCGAAACGCGGCCGCCGAGGGCGCCACAGCUGCGAGCGCAAAGGUGAAGAAGAUCAAGAACCCGCCCAAGGUCGAGCCCGAGCCCGAGGACGACUCGGACGAGAAGGAGGCGGACGAGGAUGCAAGCGAAGCCGAGGAUGACAAGAAGGACGAGGAGGACGAGGCAGAGGACUCUGAAACCGAGGGCGACAAUCUACCAGACCUCCCGACCGAUGCCGCCCCCAUACUGCCGCUUGGCACCGACUCGCAGACCUUUGACGAGCUGAAACUCUCGGAAAAGACGAUGAGGGCCAUCGGCGAGAUGGGCUUUACCAAGAUGACCACCAUCCAGCGCACCGCCAUCCCGCCCCUCCUCGCCGGCAAGGACGUACUCGGAGCGGCCAAGACGGGCUCCGGCAAGACGCUCGCCUUCCUCAUACCCGCCAUCGAGAUCCUCAGCGCGCUCCGGUUCAAGCCUCGCAACGGCACCGGCGUCAUCGUCGUCUCGCCCACGCGGGAGCUCGCCCUGCAGAUCUUCGGCGUCGCCCGCGAGCUGAUGCAGCACCACUCGCAGACGUACGGAAUCGUCAUCGGCGGCGCCAACCGCAAGGCCGAAGCCGAGAAGCUGUCCAAGGGCGUCAACCUGCUGAUCGCGACGCCCGGCCGACUUCUGGACCACCUGCUCAACACGCCCUUUGUCUUCAAGAACCUCAAGUCGCUCGUCAUCGACGAGGCCGACCGGAUAUUGGAGGUCGGUUUCGAGGACGAGAUUCGGCAGAUCGUCAAGGUCCUCUCCAACGACAACCGGCAAACCAUGCUCUUCUCUGCGACGCAGACGACCAAAGUUGAGGACCUCGCGAGAAUCUCGCUGCGACCGGGCCCGCUCUACAUCAACGUCGACGAGGAGAAGCAGUACAGCACGGUGGAAGGGCUCGAGCAGGGCUACAUCCUGUGCGACGCCGACAAGCGCUUCAUCCUUCUCUUCUCCUUCCUCCAGCGGAUGCAGGAGAAGAAGAAGAAGGUGAUUGUCUUCUUCAGCAGCUGCAACUCGGUCAAGUACUACUCGGAGCUCCUCAACUACAUUGACUGCCCCGUCCUCGACCUCUACGGCAAGCAGAAGCAGCAGAAGCGGACGAACACGUUCUUCGAGUUCAGCAACGCCGAGCACGGCACGCUCAUCUGCACCGACGUCGCCGCCCGCGGUCUCGACAUCCCGGCCGUCGACUUCAUCGUCCAGUUCGACCCGCCCGACAACACGCGCGACUACAUCCACCGCGUCGGCCGCACGGCACGAGGUGCCGACGGCAAGGGGCGAAGCCUCCUCUUCCUGCAGCCGAACGAGGUUGGCUUCCUCACGCACCUCCGCGAGGCGCGGGUGCCGGUGGUCGAGUUCGAGUUUCCGACCAAGAAGAUCAAGAACGUGCAGUCGCAGCUGGAGAAGCUCAUCAACCAAAACUACUACCUGCAGAAGAGCGCCAAGGAGGGGUUCAAGUCGUACCUGCACGCGUACGCGAGCCACAGCCUGCGGUCGGUGUACGACGUCAACAAGCUCGACCUCGCCAAGGUGGCCAAGAGCUUCGGCUUCACGACGCCGCCGCGGGUCGACAUCAACCUCGGCCAGUCGCUGAGCAGAGACAAGACGCAGGCCCGGCGGCAGUACGGCAGCCAGCCGCGACAGGGGAGCAGCCGGGGACGAGGGGGCGGUCGUGGUCGAGGGCGGUAG